AUGCAGAGGAUCGGCUGGAACGGCAGGGAGAUCCGAAACGCCUUCCAGACGGCCGUUGCUCUAUGCGAAUACGAGUUCAGCGUCAAGGAAGCCGAGAGUAAGAAGCCGGGCGGGAUUCCCGUUCUCAAGCCCCAGCACUUCGAGGAAGUCUGCGGUAUAGCUCUUCAGUUCAAGGAGUACCUCAAAGUGACACAUAACAAUAAGGAUGAAAGCCAGCGAGUGGCCAACCUACAAGAGAGGGCCCCGAAUGAGGACCUUGGCAAGUAUAUGGACUGA